AUGAGCGACGAGGGAGCAACCCCGUCACAACGAACGGCUAAGAAACUGCCUUUCAAAGCAACAGCCUUGCGCAAGGCUGCGUCGCUGCGAGCCGAGAUCAUAACCAAUAAGAAAGAACUGGAGAGCGAUGGACUCGACUUAUUUCGUAGGUCAAAGGAGAUGGAGCCCAUAGUGGCUGCGGAUCAGGAGAGGCGGCUAAAGAAGAAGCGGAGACAUGACGACCAGCGUCGCAAGUCCGCUGAGUCGUCGGCCAGGAGGUUACCGAGAUAUACGAUAUGCGAGUUGGUCACGCCACCGGCAUUGAAGUCAUCGAAGCGAACACGCCUAUUCUCAACACCUUCAGACCUUAUACCAGACAACCCACCGUUCGCCCGAUUGCUGUUGCAUUCGGAGCAAGCAUCAGUGGGUGGCCCGGGUGGCGACACUCUUACCCCGAGUCUCCUGCCAAACACAUCCCUCGAUUCUGACGACGAUGACGACGAUGAUGACGAUCUCCGGAUUGCACCUAAGCCCACAAAACGAAGGGGCAGUGUCAACCCUAUCGAGAGCAGCUUCAUAGCAGGAGAUGAGGACGAUGAAUUUGCGACAUAUAUUCGCAAGGCCGAGGAACAACGCGCUCUGGACCAGGCAUUGCUUGGUGUUCGUUCUGAUGGAGCUGCGUCGAAGGCAAAAAUUGACAUUCUGGUGACGUCGAUUGUUCCUGAGACUAAGCCUUGCUGUUUUAGGUUUCUCUUUGAUAAGGAGCUCCGAGUAGCGCGUAAUACGUGGCUUGCUCUUCAGAAACGCAAGGGAAUGCUCCUGGAUGUUGAAAGAGAGGAUGACAUUGUGCUUACUUGGCGAAGAAAGAAGGUGUAUGCAUUUUCCACGUUGCUAAAUCUAGGCAUCCGACCACAGGACAAUGGACGGGCUGUGUCAGAUGGAAACGACGCCAAGGGUUUCGCAAAUGGUCGGACAAGAGUCCACAUGGAAGCUUGGACGUUGGGUUUGUUCCGAGAAAUGGAACGUGAAGAAGAGCUAAAGCGGAAAAGAGAGACUACGGAAGUAGGAGACGACGAAGAGCCAGCACCGGUAGAAGAGGAACCACCCGCUUCAGAGGUUAAGACACGAGUCAUUCUGAAGGCUCGCGGCAUUGCCGACGUCAAAUUGACAGUCAAAUUGACAGUGCGACGGACAACAACAGUUGAGACACUUAUAACUGGUUUCCGCACGCAGCGGUCAAUAGUGCCAGACAGAGAUGUUCAGAUUUGGUUUGAUGGUGACCGACUAGAAGAGCAUGCGACGAUGGAUGAGGCGGAGAUUGACGAUAUGGACACACUUGAGGUCCAUGUCAAGUGA